AUCUAAGUAGUAUAAAUAACACAGCUUAUAGUACAUAGAACAACACACACACAAGUCUUAUUAAGAUACUUGUUUCUAUUUGCUCCCUUUCAAGGUUUGGUGUGUGGAAUAUUAUUAGUUUUCUCAAUGAGAAAGGUUUCCACACUUGACUGCGCAUUCUUGCGCUUCUUGCUCCCUCUCUUCAUUCUUGUUAGCUUUUUUGCUAACUCCGCUGUGCUGGCAACUCAACUUUCAGGAAAUGAAGCCAAGAGCGAGAGUAAACUUGGAAACCAAGACUUGGCAACAAAAACCCCUGAAGAAUCUCAUGAUAGCGACGCAAAAUUCAAAGGGUUUUUUCAUCCAAAACCGAUUUUUGAAAAGCCAUUUUUCAAAAAAUCAAUUCCUAUUGUCAAGCCGAUUCCCAUUGUUAAGCCUAUCCCAAAGCCGAUUCCAGUUGUUAAGCCAAUUCCAAUUGUUAAGCCCAUACCAAAACCGAUUCCUAUUGUGAAACCUAUUCCUGAACCGGUUCCAAUUGUUAAACCUGUAAUAAAGCCAGUUAUAAUUAAAAAACCGGUUCCUAUUCCAGUUGUUAAACCAAUUCCUGUUGUGAAGCCAAUCCCGGUGUUUAAGCCUAUUCCAAAGCCAAUUCCAAUUGUGAAGCCUAUUCCAGUGUUGAAGCCUAUUCCAGUUGUUAAGCCUAUUCCAAUUGUGAAGCCUAUUCCAGUGUUAAAGCCAAUUCCAGUUGUUAAGCCUAUUCCAAUUUUCAAACCUAUUCCGAAACCAAUUCCUAUUGUUAAGCCCAUUCCAGAACCGAUUAUAGUGAAAAAGCCCGUUCCAAUUCCACAUGUUAAGCCAUUUCCUAAACCAUUUCCAAUCUCCAAGAAACCUUUCUUCCCUCCACAGAAUCCAGAGGUUGAGCAAGAGACAUUUCUAAAGCCAAAGCCUCUCUUUAAAGAGCCUAUUCCUAAAUUACCAUUUCACCCUGAAUUCAAGAAACCAAUUCUACCUCCUAAGCCAAUUCCAAGUCCUUAAGAUUAUUAUAAGAGUCUUCUUAGCCUUAUUCUACAAUAAAAGUUUUAUGAUGUUUGUAUCUUCAGAAUUAUGGUUUCAUAAAUAAUAUAGUAUUUCAGUUUGUGUGUAUUGUAUUGAGAAACAGUUGUGCUCUUUAAUAUUUUCUUUUUAAGAAGUCCUAUAUUGCUAUUGUAAAUCAAUUUUAAUAAUAA